AUGGACGACUCUCUCAUCCCAUCUCUCAAGAAGACCGCUCAUCGCGUCGUCCGAAAUGCCGCCAGACCCGGUGGAACGCUAGAACAAGGGGUAUUUACCAUGUUCAUGGCUAGAUCAGAAAUUGAGAGGACUAUGGGAUUGGAUCAAGGUGAAUUGGGUAAAGGGAGAUGGAAGAGUAUGGUGAAAGAGCUGGUGAAAGCUGCAGUGGAUGAUAUUGAUAACAUACCUUCAUCAAGUCGAGCUUCAAGCUCAAGUUAUCCCUCCCUCUCAUCCUCACCCUCACCCUUAGCUCAAUCGACGACGACGAAGAGCAGAUCGAAAAGCAAGGCCUCUUCGUCUAGAUCGAUAAAGGCAAAGAAGUCAAAACGACAAGAAUCUGAUGAAGAGGAUGAAUAUCAUUCUAACUCGCCGAAGAAGAUCCAUAAAUGUGGGCCGAAGAAGCGGAAGAGCAAGGGGAAGAAGGUGGAUAAUGAAAGUGAGAGUGAAGAGAAAGAGGAAGAAGAGGAAGUGAUUGAAAAUGAUGAUUAUGAUGAAGGAUUUCCAUCUUCCAUGCCCAAGUCUACACCGCCCAAGCGACCAUCUAACAAGAAUCAGCAACGCAAAGAAGAGCAAGAGGAAGAAGAGACCGAGACUAGAAAGACAUAUGUGGAAGAACCUCAAGCUCGUAUGAGCGAUUCAGACAUGUCAUCAGUAUAUGACGAACCACCUCCAUCGAAAUCAAAAGCACGUAAAUCAGCUUCAGCUUCUGUCUCGGCUGUGGGUAAAAGGAAAUCAGUGUCCAAGUCUGUAUCAGUCUUGUCGAGUGAUGAUGAAAAACCGCCGAAGAAGAGUAGAGGGUCUAAUAAGAACAAGAAGGAUCCCAACGAAGGGCUCUCCCCGGACGAAGCGAAAUUAGCGGAUCUGAAGAGGAUAGUUGUUGCAUGCGGAGUGAGGAAACAGUGGGCCAAAGAAUUUGCUGAUUGUCCCACUACGUCCUCACAAAUACGACACGUACAAGGUCUCUUGUCAUCUCUAGGGAUGAAAGGUCAGCCUACGCUGGGAAAAGCAAAGGCUUUGAAAGCAAAACGCGAAUUGGCUCAAGAACUAGACGACGUCAAGACGUUUGAAGCUGCUCGUGGAUUGUCUUCGAAUACUCGCGAGAGAAGAAGUAGGGCUAGCUCCGGCACGAAGAGGAAGAAGGUGAUUGGGUCUGAUGAGGAGGAGGAAGAAGAGGAAGAAGAAGACGAACCCAUAGAGUUGGAUAAGGAGGAGUCCGCUCUGGGAGCUGUACUAGAUCUUGACUUCCUUGGAGGCGAUAGUGAUAGCGAUUGA